AUGUCCUCAAACGUGGGCCUCACCACCCCCCGCGGCAGCGGCACAUCAGGCUACGUCCAACGCAACAGCGCAUUCAUAAAGCCCCGCGCCGCCGGCUACAGCGCACCAUACCCACCCACCUCCUCAUCCUUCAAGCAACGCAUGCCCGACAAACAAAUCCUGGAACACGACCGGAUGCGCGCAAUCGAAGUGCAAGUAAUGGAAGAGCGCGAGCGGCUGGAAGAAGAGAACGAGCGGAUCGAAGAAGAGGCCGCUGCGUCGAAAAAGUCCAAAAACGGAAAGAAAUCCGAUAAAGAGGAAGGAGAGGAGGAGGAGGAGGAGGAGGAGGAGGAGGAGGAGGAGGAGGAGGAGGAGGAGGAGGAGGAGGAGGAGGAGGAGGAGGAAGAAAAGGUUCUCACAGAGGAGGAGAUUGAUGAGCGCUGUGAAGUGUUACGACAGAAGUUGUUGAAGGAGUCUGAGGAUGGGCAGAGGAAGAUGGGGCCGCCUAAGAAAGGACGGAAUCUGAAGAGUUACCAGGUCCAUGAGCUUGCGGAGGCGAAGAUUGAGGAGAGUGAGAGGUUGAGGAAAGCGCUUGGGAUUAGGGAGGAUCGGGAUACGGGGGAGAUUAGCAGUAGGAGAGGAGAGAGGAGACGGGAUUAG